AUUUGCUCAUACGGGGAUUUUCAAGAUGAAGGCGUUCAUGGCAAAGUAACCGACUCAGAUGAAUGCUGAAGGUCUGACCAUGGAUGAUUACAAAGGACAUCCUAGGGAAGAUGUGUGUCAUUUGCUACAAUCUGUGAUCUUACAAAUCUGUGAAGAGCAUUACCAGGCUUGUGGUGAUGUGGAAGUUGAUGCUAUUAUAUGUUUGUCAACUCUUAAUUCUGACAGUCAGGAUGUCGUUAAAAUUCACAAAGUAUUGCCUUCAUGCAAUUUUAAAAACAGACAUAAAAGGACAGCUAAUAUACCUCUUGAGCAAAUAGCAAAGUUUAGACAUUCCAAAAGACAAAAGUUUUUAAGGAAACACCACCAUAGAAGUUCUUCUUUUGUACCGAGAUUUCCUAGACAGCAGGAUUACAUUCCAAUUUAUGCCUCAAAUGAAUUUGACCAAGACGCUGAAGCCAUUCUUUCUACCCAUUCUCAAGUAAAAGAAGAAGACAUGGAAUUGAAUUCCCUACAAAAUACUAAUAGCGGUUCUUCAGACAGAGAUGAGUUUAAGUCUGAAGCUGGAGAAGAACCUAAUGGUCUUGAUACCUCCACUGACCACCACAAUAAUCUGAUGUCCAGUGAAAUGGAUCAAAAUUCCUUUAUAUCACAACAGGAUGAGAAAUCAGCUAUUCCUGAAGCUAUAUAUGUGUGUAAGGAAGAGCCAUGUGAAAAACUAGAUACAGACCCACCAAAUUACUCAAGUCGACCAAAGAGAAAGCAAAAUCCAAAGAGAAUUGUUCACUUGCAAGAUAUGCAAAAUGAGUUUGAAAAAGACAUUAGUUGUCUUGAGAAUGACACUGGAGUUUGUUUUCCCCAUUCAAAUGUGAAUGAAAGAAAUUCUCUGGAUCAGAAACAAUUCACUUUGGAUGAGGACAGUGGGGAUACAGACGAAUUCCAAGCUAUGUAUACCUCAGGUCAUAAGCCAGUACACAGCUAUGCUGAAACAGAAGUCGAGGGAGAUGGUACUGCUGAAACAGAUUCCAUUUUUCAAGAAACGGAAGAAAUUGAUCCUUUAGAAGUUUCAGAAAGUCCUACAACAGAAAAAGUUUCUGUUAGUAAACACAGAAAUAAAAAGAUUUCCCCGAACCUGCUUCAUAAUAAGAGCAAAGUAUUCCGGUGUAGUAAAUGUGGUUCGGGGUUCAGCAGCAAGAAAUCUCAGAUGAGACAUGAACGAUAUAACUGCGGAGACAUUCCUCAUUUUGAGUGCAAUGUCUGUGGCAAAUUUUAUUCCAGAGCGGACAGUAAAACAAGGCACUUGUGGAAAAUACAUGGCAUCAAAAUUUCCACCCCUGAUAAGAAUAACCCUCUGGAAUUUCCAUAAUUUAUGCAAUGCAUUGAUUGGUUAGUUGAUUUAUAUGUAACAAAGAUGUCAUUUGAAAGCUGUUUACCACUUCACAGUGACAGUCACAAAGUUUGCUUUAUUUACACUUCUUAACAAUUAUCAAAAGAUUUUUUAGCCACCUAUUUUUUGAGUAGACACUUUUUUUCCUUAUCUAUUUAACAUUAACAAAUUGUAGAUUUACACAAUGUGGCAUCACAUUUUUUUCCAAUUGAAAAAGUAUUGUCACUCUAAACAUGUCUGUGAAAAUAUUUUUUUUUGUAUGUGUGUGUUAUACUGAUACAUUAUCAUGAUUUUGUAUCAAACAAGUCAGAAUUUCAUUUCAAAAUGACUAAAAGCUGCAGCUUCAAUAGGAUCUCUAUAAUGUCUUUUACAACACAUUUUUGUUUAAAGAUAAUAGUCUUUUUACCAUAGAUGACCAAAUGCACACCAGAUUCAUCUACCUCAAUAUCAAUGCUCACAAUCAUGAUAAUUUAGAAGUAAAAAUGUGAAGAAUUCAGAUA